UCUCUCUCUCUCUCUCUCUCUCUCCUCUUAUAACAGAAAUCAACCAUUUAGCCAACAUCCUGUGUGUCUCUCUGCAUCUCCUUCUGCUUCCUCAACUUUCUAUCUCCUGCCUGAAAACCUACUGACUGGUUGCUCUAGGAAUUUCAGUUCUUGGGUUUUUGAAGAUUUUCGGUGGUUAGGUGAUAAAGACAUUUGUAAGUUCCUAUAACAAUACGUAUUGGGACACCUUUCUUUACAGGCCUCUUCUUCUUCCUUCACAUCAUCUUUCUUUCUCUUGCCGGGAAACCCCAAAAAAUCUCUCUACAAGUCUCUGUCUUUUCCUUCCUAACUUUCUCUCUCCUCCAGGAAAACCCAUUUUCCGAUUGUUCGUGAGGAAUCUAAUUUGAGGGUCUUCCUGGGUUUUUGGAGUUUUUUGGUAGGUUGGUGUUAAAUAUAUUCGAUUAUAUCUAUAUAUACAAUUGUUUGAAUUGUAUAUGUAAGUAUGGUAAUGACGGUGGCGUCGCAGAGGAAAUCGAUAAACAAGGUGUUUGAGAGGGUUGGGGUUUAUGGGUUCGGAGGGAGGAGCCAGAAGAGGUGCAAGUAUGAGAUUCAGGACGAAGAUGGGACGAUGGAAAUGGUGCAGAUUGGUGCUGAGAGGACCAAAAAUGUGCUCAUCUUGAUGAGUGAUACUGGUGGUGGUCAUCGAGCUUCCGCUGAAGCUAUUCGGGAUGCUUUCAAACUGGAGCUUGGGGAUGAAUACAGGAUUAUCAUCAAGGAUGUUUGGAAGGAGUACACUGGCUGGCCACUGAACAACAUGGAGCGGCAGUAUAAGUUUAUGGUUAAACAUGUACAGCUUUGGAACGUCGCGUUUCACAGUACUUCUCCUCGAUGGAUACACUCUCUUUAUCUUGCUGCCAUUGCCGCCUACUAUGCCAAGUAUAUAUUCUUCUUCCCACAUCACCUCCAUUCUAAAACUUACAGAUAUUUUUGGGAGGUUGAGGCUGGUCUAAUGGAGUACAAGCCGGACAUUAUCAUCAGUGUCCAUCCUCUAAUGCAACAUAUCCCUUUGUGGGUUCUAAAAUGGCAAGGCCUACAGAAAAAAGUGAUUUUCGUCACAGUCAUUACAGACCUCAAUACCUGCCAUCGCACCUGGUUUCACCCAGGGGUUAAUCGAUGUUACUGCCCUUCGGAGGAGGUAGCAAAGAGGGCUUUGCUAGAUGGCCUGGAAGAAUCGCAAGUACGUGUUUUCGGCUUGCCAAUCCGGCCUUCUUUUUGCCGUGCAGUUCUCUCAAAGGAUGAUUUAAGAGUAGAACUUGAGAUGGAUCCAACAUUGCCAGCAGUUUUGCUGAUGGGAGGUGGUGAAGGAAUGGGCCCUGUGAAGAAAACUGCAAAGGCUCUUGGAGAAUCUCUGUUUGAUGAAGAACUUGGAAAACCUAUUGGGCAGUUGAUUAUCAUAUGUGGUCGAAAUAAAGCCCUGGCCUCUACGCUAGAAUUGCUUGAAUGGAAAAUCCCGGUUAAGGUUAGAGGGUUUGAGACGCAGAUGGAGAAGUGGAUGGGUGCUUGUGACUGCAUUAUCACAAAAGCUGGACCUGGAACAAUUGCAGAGGCAUUGAUCAGAGGACUUCCAAUUAUUCUGAAUGACUUCAUUCCUGGACAAGAAAAGGGGAAUGUUCCUUAUGUUGUGGACAAUGGGGCUGGAGUUUUCACCCGAAGCGCCAAGGAAACAGCCAGAAUCGUGGCCGAAUGGUUCAGCAUGAAAACGGACGAACUCCGGAGAAUGUCGGAAAAUGCAAAGAAACUAGCACAACCAAAUGCAGUGUUCGACAUCGUGAAGGACAUUCAUGAACUUGCAUGCCAACGAGGGCCCUUAGCCAACAUUCCUUACAUGUUGACAUCUUCGUUUUCAAGCUUAAUUUAACCACAUUAAAUGUUGCAUUCGAGGACUAAGGUUUGGGACAGCUGAGCCCCAAGGGGUAGCCGGCUGUAGGCGGCUAGGAGCUCUGGCCUAGAAUGAAACUAAAGCUUCACACUGGUCAAGUCAGAGUCUCGGACUAGGAUGCCAUGUACAUGUAGCUUUGCUGAUAGCAUUCUUUGGCCUCAGAGGCUUGGAGUCCAUGUCAAGUUUAGACAAGCUCUGAUCCUUUGGUUAUUUGAAAACAAGAAGAAGAAAAACUACAAUUCUGAUGUUUGUUGAAUUGGGAAUUUUUCCUUUUUUCUUGUUUUCUUUCUGGGAAAAAGAAAAUUAUGAUGUAUUUCUAGUUUUCUAUGUUAGCAAUGGCAAAACCAU